CAACUCCCCCGUUCGGUGGUCAAUAUGCUACUGGCAAUCCUACGGAAGAAGAUAGAUGCCACUCUUCCAAAAGAUAGUCGGACUUUGGUGCAAACACCUCCCCGUGCUGCUGGAAGCAUUUAUAAAAUUGGGGAAGGUGUCUUUUGGUACGGAGGAUUAUCGCCAGUCCUGACCAAGUAUUUUAAAGAUAUCGAACCCCGAGACGAUCCUUUCAAGCUAGACGUAUCGGUCGACGAGCUACCGCUACAUAAAGGUGGGCCGACCCAGGUCUGGCCUAUUCUGGUGAAAGCGGUAGACUUGCCUAAGCUUCCACUCAUGAUGGUGGCCGCAUAUAGUGUCCAUACAAAGCCGGCAAGCGUGGAAGAAUUUUUGUGGCCGCUAGUAAAUGAUUUUAAUAUCAUUCAGCGAGGAGGCUUGAUCAUCGGCGAUAAAACGUUGCAUUUUCGGGUACGCAAUUUUAUCGCUGAUAAACCGGCUCGAGCGUUCAUUUUAGCAACGACGAACCACAUCGGACACGACAGCUGUUUCAAGUGCACUUGCCAUGGCGAGUGGUGUGAUGAGCGAAAAAAAAAUAUUUUUGAUUCCGUAGAUGCUCCCCUUCGUACGGACGAAGGGUUUCGUGGUAGAGUCAUAUUGAACCAUCAUCAGGAGUGGCAUACACCUUUAGAAGAAUUAGAAAAGUUUGAUUUAGUCAAUAACGUUUCCACGUUGGAGCGUGCACAUCAGUGUGACGAGAGAUGUACACGUUUUAUGCAACAGAGAUUUAUGUUCGGUAAAUUUCCCCGCUACAAAAAGUGGACACCUCUUCAAAUAGAAACUGUGUCUAAAUUUUUAUUGUAGACAAAGCUUCUUACUGAGAUCCACCUAUCAUUUCGGCCUCUUUUGGAAAGCUACCGAGUGGCGUAACUAUCUACAUUAUGCAUAAGUUGUGGUUCUGAAGGACCUGGUUGAUCCAAUCGCCCAUGGUCACUUCCUUUUCUACUUUAGUGCUGUGACAAUUUUUUCGACAAUAUUUCACCAGCACUUGUGGCUCCGUGCUCGAGACUAUCUUCGCAUGUUUGUGAAGAAUUUUGGCCAGAUUUACGGUCGAACAUAUUUAACAAGCAACAUCCUCCUUCUCGUUCACAUGUAUAAAGAUCUUGAGAAAUUUGGUGCGCUCGACGAUUUUUCGGCCUACGCAACAGAUUUUUUUGCAAAAUUUUUCACACGGGGUCCCCGAGUGGGCAAGACAUGUGUGGAGCAAAUUGCAGCCAGGUCAAGCGAACUAAGAACCUUGAUCUGGUUGCUACUCUGCUAGCUCCACAAUAUCCAUUGUUGAAGGCAAAUGGUUUCGGUCUACAUGUGCCCGCCGAUUUUGUCUUGCUGCCAAAAUUUCAAGAUCAAUGGUUUUUGACCAAGGACAAUGGCAUAGUAAAAUUUUUGAGUGCGAAAAUAUCAAGCUCGCACGAUAUCACCGUAGUUGGGAUCCGGUUUUUAUCCAUGGCCGCGCUUUACGAGAUCUCAGCAGAAGGCGGUGUUAUUGCUUCUGCUGAGAUCCACGUUUACCAAACGAUGAAAAACGCGCUGGCUGUAGUGGUGGAGGUUCUAUGGACUGCAAUCAGAUGCAAAAUGAUUGCAGUGAAACAACCCACUCGUCCUCUUAAUCUUCCUCCCAUUGAUCCUUCACCAAACUCAACAACUCCUUCCGCCAUAGCCUUUUUUCCUCUUCUCCAUACCUUUAUUCCUGAUUAAUUUCCUCCCUUCAAUAGAAAAAAUUGACUCCUCGACACCCUCGAAGACGACGUGUGGUUGCACAUGGUAAGUAAAAAAUUCAUGAAAUUGCAUUAAGUAGUUGGUCUAAUUUUUCCUCUGGUUAUAGGUAAACUUCCACCGAAACUCCUGAUAAUCGUGCCCAUCCAUCUGUGAUAUGGACGGGAAGGUGGACAAAGCUAACAUUGGGGGGGGGGGGGGGGAAACGAC